GUUUGAAUUUACUGCCUGAUGAUCAGAGCCAGAAGCACAGAUCUCCAGGAAAUGCCACCACUGGAUAGAGAGCCACACGCUGCUUCCUAUCAUACGUCUACCUGGACCUAACUCAGGAAGAAACAUACACUUCCUACAUUUUAUCCCAUAAGCAAAGCAACUUCUGUAGAACUGCCCAUGGAGAUUUUGUCUUAACUUCAAAAAGUGCUUCUCCUAAUUUAUUUUCUGUUGCACGGUAUCAAGAAGCACCUGUGGAAAAAAAGGAUUCAAAAGAAGAAAACCAUAACCAUCUUACAAGGUUCCGGAGGCGGCGGAAAGUCCAGCGGGUCUCCGAAGCCGGUAGACGGAGCCAUGAAGAAGGCGUCGGGCUUCAGGAGGGGGAAGGGCGAGCUGCCCUGGGGCUCGGUCAGCAGCCCCGGGAAGGUGGGCGCGGGCGCCGGGAGUGAGAGUGCGGACCACGCCUCCUCCCAGCCUAGGCGCCACGACCCGGACAAGGGGUUCGACAGGCUCCGCAGAGCUGCCGGCGGACACCGGACAGAGACAAUGCGGCGGAUCCUUUCUCUCCCGAAGAGUGGCGUGGAUGACAGAGACGAGAAGAACAGGCUGUCCAACGAACAGAGUUCUGGUGACUCAUGGCUUUCAAUAGAUGAUGAACUCUUUGAUUCUGGUACCAAGACUACCUUUGAGAAUGUUCCACAGAAAUAUGAUAGUCGCUUAACUGGAGCUGAUGGUCAAAGAGGAAAAAUUACAAUAAAGAACAAGAAGGACCACACUCUGACUAGCAAGGGUAUAGCUGUGCCUUUAGAGGAAUCUGGAAGAAGAGCCCUUGGAUCACCACUCAAGACAUAACAGGAUCGAGAGAAAGCAUGAUUUUCCUUUUAUUUCUGAGCGUGUUUCUAGCCACAGGGGAAGGAGAAAGAGAUGAAGAAAUAGAAAUCAUCGCUGGAAGAUCCCACUGCUAAAUGAAGAGAAGAGAAGUCAUGGGAAUAGUCCAUCAAAAGAAGGCAGAAGGGUCAGAACCAGGACAACAGAUGUAGAGAUUACUUUUGCAAAGGAAGAGGGAUUGUGAGUGGAGGAGGAGGGAGGAAAGAAAGAAGUUGGCUACUUAAUUUUGGAGUUGAUAAUAGGGAAACUUGAGAGCUGUCACUUCUGGUGACUGCAGUAUAGUGGCACUCAAACAGAAGAUUAGGUGAUUGCUGUUCCAGGAAUUACUGGAAGGAGGGAGUGCUAGAAUGGGGGUAAACCACAGGAACUAAUUUCUUCUCUCUGUAACUGUCAGACAUCAAAGAUGCAUGUUUUAUUGAUAUUGUGUCCGGAAUUGGUGGGUUCUUGGUCUCACUGACUUCAAGAAUGAAGCUGCGGACCCUCGCGGUGAGUGCUACAGCUCUUAAGGUGGCGCAUCUGGAGUUUGUUCCUUCUGAUGUUCGGAUGUGUUCGGCGUUUCUUCCUUCUGGUGGGUUCGUGGUUUCGCUGGCUCAGGAGUGAAGCUGCAGACCUUCGCGGUGAGUGUUACAGCUCUUAAAGCAGCACGUCUGGAGUUGUUCGUUACUCCCGGUGGGCUCGUGGUCUCGCUGGUUUCAGGAGUGAAGCUGCAGAUCUUCGCGGUGAGUGUUACAGCUCAUAAAAGCAACGUGGACCCAAAGAGUGAGCAGUAGCAAGAUUUAUUGCAAAGAGUGAAAGAACAAAGCUUCCAGUGUGGAAGCUGACCUGAGCAGGUUGCCACUGUUGGCUGGGGCAGCCUUUUAUUCUCUUAUCUGGCCCCACCCACACCCUGCUGAUUGGUAGAGCCGAGUGGCCUGUUUUGACAGGGCGCUGAUUGGUGCCUUUACAAUCCCUGAGCUAGAUACAAAGGUUCUCCACCUCCCCAUCAGAUUAGUUAGAUGCAGAGUUUCAACACACAGGUUCUCCAAGGCCCCACCAGAGCAGCUAGAUACAGAGUGCCGAUUGGUGUAUUCACAAACCUUGAGCUAAACACAGGGUGCUGAUUGGUGUGUUUAGAAACCUUGAGCUAGAUACAGAGUGCUGACUGGUGUAUUUACAGUCCCUGAGCUAGACAUAAAGGUUCUCCAAGGCCCCACCAGAGCAGCUAGAUACAGAGUGUCGAUUGGUGCACUCACAAACCCUGAGCUAGACACAGGGUGCUGAUUGGUGUGUUUACAAUCCCUGAGCUAGACAUGAAGACUCUCCACGUCCCCACCAGACUCAGGAGCCCAGCUGGCUUCAACCAGUGGAUACCGCACCGGGGCUGCAGGUGGAGCUGCCUGCCAGUCCCGCGCCAUGCGCUGGCACUCCUCAGCCCUUGGGCGGUGGAUGGGACUGGGCGCCCUGGAGCAGGGGGCGGCAUUCGUCCGGGAUGCUGGGGCUGCACAGGAACCCACGGAGGCGGCGGGAGGCUCAGGCAUGGCGGGCUGCAGUCCCGAGCCCUGCCCCAUGGGAAGGCAGCUAAGGCCCGGCGAGGAAUCGAGCGCAGCGCCGGUGGGCCGGCACUGCUGGGGGACCCAGUACACCCUCCGCAGCCGCUGGCCCAGGUGCUAAGCCCCUCACUGCCCGGGGCCGGUAGGGCCCGCCGGCCGCUCCGAGUGCGGGCCCGCCAAGCCCACGCCCACCCAGAACUCCAGCUGGCCCGCAAGCGCCGCGCGCAGCCCCGGUUCCCGCUCGCGCCUCUCCCUCCACACCUCCCUGCAAGCUGAGGGAGCCGGCUCUGGCCUUGGCCAGCCCAGAAAGGAGCUCCCACAGUGCAGCGGCGGGCCGAAGGGCCCCUCAAGUGCUUCCAAAGUGGGAACCCAGGCAGAGGAGGCGCCGAGAGCAAGCGAGAGCUAUGAGGACUGCCAGCAUGCUGUCACCUCUCAAUAUGAGUUAAUCAACUGAGCUAAAGUUAAAUGCAGGAGCUUUGGCUGCUUUUUCUUUAAGGUAGCCGGUUUUUUAAAUAGGAUGCCUGUUUUGUAAAAGUUUAUCAUGGAUGACAUGAUAUGCCAACACAAACUAAGUUUGGAAACAAAAAAAAUUACAAAGUUUAUUCCUCAAAUACAAAAGGCAUUACUUUACAUAAAUAUUACACCCAUUUUGGUAUAUAAAAGCUCAGUAGUAACUAAUAAUUGUGUAGCAAUGCAUUUUUUAUUAACAUUUCAAUGUUGAAAGCUUCUUAUACAUUAUUUUUAGACAUGUUUUAUAUAGCUUCUUGCAUGAGUGGAUCAAAAAAUUUAAGAUGGCUAAACUACGGGAUAUAAGAAAUGUAGGCCUAUCAGUAAGCCCAAGUAGGUAUGAAAAAAAUGAAGAUUUUUAUGAACUAUUUUGUGUAAGUGUGGAUCCAAAGCAAUCCACACUUGUGAAAGUGUGGAUCCGAACACUUUCUCUGAUGAGAAAUGAAUUAAACAUUCAAAUGAACUGUCAUGACAACUGUGCGCUUCCUACAUUCUAGGACCAAUUGAAGGACAUAGUAGGUACUUGUAGUAGAAUGGUGUAAAUGAUUCUGAUGUGUCACAUUAAAGACACACUAUAGCAUUCUACCAUCAGCUUUGACAUUUAUCUGCCCAGGGUCAUGACUUGCUCCUCUGGUUAAAGAUUAUUUUUCUCCUUCUCAGCAUGUACACAUGGUUGCGUGCAUACUUUUCUCUCAGUUACAGAUAUUCGAAUCAGAAUCUUGCCUUUGAAAUGUUAACUGCAUGUUUUAUUCAACCUAUCUUCUUAGUUUUCUUCAGGAUAUUUCUGUCAUGUUGUUGUCCUGACAAAAGAAAUGCACCCCUAAAUCUAAACUCAUUAUUUUUAAAGCAAAGCACUAAGAUUCAGCUUGAUACUAACUCUGAGUGUAUGGUUAGAUUUAUCAUAUUUAUAUAUAAUUGAUUUUAUGUCCCUUUUGCCUUCCAGAUUCUCUUCAGCAAUAUCAUCACUUGAAGCCUAAGGUUGAAAUGAAAAAGUGUGUUUCGAACCAGGCAGUCGGAAUGAAAGAUGUACAAGCAUGCACAUCAGCUUUUUCAGCUUUGGAUUUUAAUAGUUUGACCUUCAGUAAUGAGCUUCAUGAAAGAUCUGAGAAUUUGAAAGUUGGUGAUCUAUGUCCAUUUGUGUCUCCACCAAUGACCAACACUGUGUUGGGAUCCACAGACUUGGGGAAGAUGAACUUAAUAGAUCAAGAAAAGAUGACCACUGCAGCUGCAUUUCUAUUUUGGAAUCACACUCUCCGUGACCUGUGUGAGUCACAGCUACCAGAAAACAAAGACAGCAAAAAAGGACCUCACUCUGUUGUGCAUGCUGGAGUACAGUGGUGCAAUCUCUGCUCCCUGAAACCUCGACUUCCAGGGCUCAAGAGAUCCUUCCAUCUUACCAAGUAGCUGGGAAUACAGAUGUAUAGUUAUUUUCCAAACCCACCAUUGUAAAAUUACAUUCUAUUAAAGAGAAAGAGAAGAAAAAGAAACUUAAUUUGUUUUUUGGGGGAUAGUUGAGAUGUGUUUAACCCAGCACCUGCUGGUAACCAAGGUCCUCCUCCAAUGAUGGGUAUGAAUAUGAACAACAGAGCAAUUAUACCUGGCCCACCAAUGGGUCCUGGUCCUGCCAUGGGACCAGAAGGAGCCGCAAAU